AUGUUUCACAACGCCCAUAUCGCCAGUCCCGAUGAGCGGCCCGAAGCUGUUCGACCGGUGAGUCAACAAUGGCUGCCCAGGGCGAACGAUGGGCCAUCGUUAAGUAGAGCAAUUAAUCAUAGGCACCAGAUAAAUGUAGCGUACUCGAAUGUAGAUGAUACGUUUAUUCCCAACGAAGACGUAACAUCCUACGGUCAAGAGGAGCCGUUGUUUGAUAGAAACCCUGAGGCGGUAGACGCGCCCGAUCAAAUUAGCGUAAAGUAUGCUUUCACGAACGAACGACACCGGCGGGCAGUGGAGAACCUUGCCGUCCAAGCCAGCACGGCAUCGGAAGUGCCAUCGACAGUGGGUUGGAUGCCUCUGGAAGACGAUCCGCCCAUCAGGUCAUCCGUUGCCAAUGGCGACAAUGUGUCUUCACGGGAUGCGAUAUUCUCCCCGGCACACUUGGACGUGAAGGCGAAACAGACGAAUGGUUUUUCCAACGCGGUUGCCAGUAGUCCAAGUAGGCGUUCGAAAGAGGAUAGAAGCGUCAGUUCCUCAGAGCUGCCGAUAGGCGAUGCCGUUGGGGCUGUGAUCAAUAACGUUAAAGUGAGUAAUUCAGUGCAACCUAGAAGCGAUGGAGCGGUUGCGGAGCAUUCGAAGCCGGAGCUAAUGGAGCAGAAAAGUCACGACGAACGAUAUUUGAAGACACUGGACACACGAGAAGGUGAAGAGUUGGAGAAUGCUAGCGAACAAAGGUCUUUGUCGCCGGAACAACGACCGUCUCGUCGGAUGACAGCGGAUGUAGGAGCAAUUACACCGACGCAUUCUUCGACGACUAGUGAAGGCAUCCGGGGUUUCAUUCUGUUAGACGACAGUGUCUACAUCGCACACGACACGCAAGACCGUCGGAGUAAUGGGAGCUCAGCGGGACCGAACCUACCUACGCUCGACUCCAGCAUCUUUGCCGGUCGAAACUUUGACGAACAAAUCAUCUUUCUCAAUGGGCCAGAUCUGCUGGAGACAAGUGUCGAACAGGAGUCAUCAUCGUCGCCAGCUCCCGGGCUUCACACCGCGCCCCGACGCCCGAUGGGAAAAGUUGCUCGCGACGUUUCGCAGCUGUACGACGCGGGAGACCAUCAUGGGGAGGAACCAUUGGAGGAACCAUUAGCUCUGCCGCUGCGACCCAUCGUUCGUGAUCCGGCCGAAGCGGAGCUGGCGGGUGAGGACAACGUCGUCGUGCUGUAUGCGGACCAGCGGGAACCGGUGCGGUUGAACUGCGAGGUCGACGCCGACAUCACGACGAGCGUGUGGCUCAAGGACGGCCAGAUAGUGCACGCGACGGACAAGAAGUCACGAACCGCCGACGUCCGGUUCGUGCGCGAAUCGUUCGGCGGGCUCACCAUCCGGAGCGUGAUGAUGGAGGAUGACGGUGUGUGGCAGUGCGAGGCGCAGAACGCUCGCGGGUUCCUCUUCAACGGCCGCCCGAUAAAGCUGAUCGUUCUGGAUCCACCGAAGGAGCCGUACCUGCUGAUCGAUUCCCGGCGCCUCGAUGCGGGAAACAUGUUCAUCCCGGUGAAGGAAAACGCCGAGCUGACGCUCGCCUGCGUCAGCGAGGGUGGUAACCCCAAGCCGGCGCUCUCCUGGGAGGUCCUGCUCAGUCCCGGCAUCGACCGGCACGCACAGAAGCUGCCGAACGAUGUGCUCGAGCUGCAGGAGAUGAAAAAAGAUAAGGACAAGGAACCGUACAAGAUCAACAGUGGGGCCGUGUCGGAGGCGAAGCUGCCGGGCGUCUUCCGGGUGCACCACAAUGCCCGCAUCCUCUGCAUCAUGGAACAUCCGACGCUCAAAGUGCGCCAAAACGCAUCGAUUCUGCUCGAUGUGCAGUACACGCCGUCGUUCGCCAUCACGAGGACGCCCGGGUUCGGUUAUCCGCUGCGGGAAGGGAUCGAAGUUUCGCUCAAGUGUGACGUCGACUCCAAUCCGCCCAGCACACCGCUCUGGCAGAAGGACGACGGGGACACGCCGGUGCCGCAGAUCGGCGACGGGUUCCUCAACUUCAGCUCGAUCCGGCGCGAACAUUCCGGCUGGUACAAGUGCACCUCGAGGCAUCUCAAUUUCCAGUACUCGAGCAUCGGAUACUAUCUGAGCGUUCGCUAUGAACCAGUCGAUGUAACGUCGGAACCGGUCGAGCAGGAUCUCUCCAUGAUCUCAUCGUCAUCAUCAUCCUCAUCGGCUUCCUCCUCGUCAACGUUCUCCGUCUCGUCCGCUUCCUCGUCAUCCACCAGCAACGGGGUGGGACCGGUGAAAAACAGCCCCCCAUUCGGUCCGUUUCCGGUCGGCUCACCGAUCGGAUCCUUCAAACCCGGCGGCCAAAUGGAAGUCGAGCUCGGCGGUUCCGUAACGCUCCAGUGUCCUCAAGGAUCGCUCGGUUGCUGGUCGCAUCUGGAUUCGGCCGCGGUUCGGCUGAAAGGGUCCGGCCAAACGGGGCAGGUUUCGCUGAAGGACGUCGUCUACCAGGACGCCGGCACGUACAAGUGCGUCGGCCAGAGCUCGGGCGGCAACCGCAAAAAGCUCGACCCACCUCAGACUCCGCCGGCAGUGAGGGGAGGUCCCACGGUCAUCGCCCGAAACUCCACCCCUUCCAUCCUGCCCGGGACGCCAUUGCAUCUGUCUGUGCAGUUUUGUGCCAAUCCACCUGCGUACGCUGCCCGGUGGCUCCAUGGGGACCGGGUCUACACUCCCGGAAACCAGUACGGCAGCGACGUAGUGGCUUAUGGUUUCACGGACCUGCCGACGCCAUUCUGCAAGGAGGCACGUUUGACCUACGUGCACAUGCACGAGAACGUCCCGCGGCGGUUCUACUUCGUCGUGUCGUCGCCGAGCGGUGUAGCGGAGGCCAUCUUCCGAGUCAACCUAACGCUGCCCCGCAAGCCGAGCGUGUCCCCAGUGUCCCCUCCACCGUCGACCGGGACCUCCGGGAAGCGCGGAAACUCAUUUUCAUCCCCAUCGUCCUCGUCCUCGUCCUCGGGAGCGGCCAACGUCAACGGAGGUCUCGCGGGCUACAAGCUCAACACCGUCCACAGCGUGCCGGGAAAUGGACUCUCCGACACGGGCGAGGAGCUGCUCGAGCCGGAAGAAAUUCAUUUUCCCAUCUUCGGAACCGGCGGAGGUGGCGGUACCGCCCAGCUUGGACUUCCGGUCGCCAUUGCAUCGCUUGCAUCGCACUGGCGUCGCAUCCUGCACGCUCUACCGCUGCUACUCGCGCUGCUAUUGCCACCUCUUCUAACGCUGUAA